UGUCACACACACAGGACGAUCGACACUAUAAAAACCCUCGAUCAUUGUUCGAAGGACUCAAACAAGCAGGUGUCCUUGGGCAGAACUAGUGUUAAUUAUCGAAUAGGGUUAAUAGGAGCUGAGUUAACCGGCACAAUCAUGCAGAUCUUCGUGAAGAUGUUGACUGGCAAGACCAUUGCCGUGGACACUGAACCAGAAGCAACGGUUGAGAGUGUUAAGAAGCAGAUCGACGAGCGUGAGGAAAUCCCUCCGAACCAACAGCGUAUGAUCUUCGCUGGCAAACAGCUGGAAGACGGUCGUCAGCUUCAGGAAUACAGCAUCAUCAAGGGCUCUACCAUCCAUUUGGUGCUGCGCCUCAAGGGUGGCAUGCAAAUCUUUGUGAAGAUGUUGACUGGCAAGACCAUUGCCGUGGACACAGAACCGGAAGCAACGGUUGAGAGUGUCAAGAAACAGAUCGACGAGCGUGAGGAAAUCCCACCAAAUCAACAACGCAUGAUCUUCGCCGGAAAACAGCUGGAGGACGGUCGUCAGCUUCAGGAAUACAGCAUCAUCAAGGGCUCUACCAUCCAUUUGGUGCUGCGCCUCAAGGGUGGCAUGCAGAUCUUCGUGAAGAUGUUGACUGGCAAGACUAUUGCCGUGGACACAGAACCUGAAGCAACGGUUGAGAGUGUCAAGAAACAGAUCGACGAGCGUGAGGAAAUCCCUCCGAACCAACAGCGAAUGAUCUUCGCUGGCAAACAGCUAGAAGACGGUCGUCAGCUUCAGGAAUACAGCAUCAUCAAGGGCUCUACCAUUCAUUUGGUGCUGCGCCUCAAGGGUGGCAUGCAAAUCUUUGUGAAGAUGUUGACUGGCAAGACCAUUGCCGUGGACACAGAACCGGAAGCAACGGUUGAGAGUGUCAAGAAACAGAUCGACGAGCGUGAGGAAAUCCCUCCGAACCAACAGCGAAUGAUCUUCGCUGGCAAACAGCUAGAAGACGGUCGUCAGCUUCAGGAAUACAGUAUCAUCAAAGGCUCUACCAUCCAUUUGGUGCUGCGCCUUAAGGGUGGCAUGCAGAUCUUCGUGAAGAUGUUGACUGGCAAGACCAUUGCCGUGGACACAGAACCGGAAGCAACGGUUGAGAGUGUCAAGAAACAAAUCGACGAGCGUGAGGAAAUCCCUCCGAACCAACAGCGAAUGAUCUUCGCUGGCAAACAGCUAGAAGACGGACGUCAGCUUCAGGAAUACAGCAUCAUCAAGGGCUCUACCAUCCAUUUGGUGCUGCGACUGAAGGGAGGAUCACCACUUAACGUCGACUAAGCGCAUAAGUGAAUGGUUACUAGAUCAAAGAAAGCAUGGAACAGGUUCAACCCCAUUCCGUUGAUAAGACAAUGUGCAACAAAAAACGCAAACAAACUGCCAAAAAUAUUGAUGAAAUUUUUCAAAUCAUGAACGACCUCUACAAAGUGGAAGUGUACCUGAUAAUAAAACUUUUUGUUGAAUAA